GGAGGAGGAGGCUCCCGGUCCCUGCGCGCCAUCCGCCUCCUUACUGGACACGGGCGAGGGAGCGAGAGCGUCGCCUCCGUAGCCUUCAGAGGAGACAAGGGCAUCGUCGUCUCAGCCGCCGCCGCCGCCGCCGCCGUUUUCGCCUGCAGCGGCUCACCGGAUUCUCAGUCUUCCACGAUGAACCCUGUUUAUAGCCCCGUGCAGCCUGGGGCUCCUUAUGGAAACCCUAAGAACAUGGCCUACACAGGUUAUCCCACAGCUUACCCAGCUGCAGCCCCUGCCUACAAUCCCAGCCUGUACCCCACCAGUAGCCCCAGUUAUGCUCCAGAGUUUCAGUUCCUGCAUUCAGCUUAUGGACACCAUGGAGCAACUCUGCUGAUGAAACAGGCCUGGCCACAGAACUCGUCUUCCUGUGGCACUGAAGGCACCUUCCACCUCCCAGUGGACACCGGGACCGAGAACCGAACUUACCAAGCAUCCUCUGCGGCUUUCAGAUAUACUGCCGGGACGCCGUACAAGGUCCCACCGACCCAGAGUAAUACUGCUCCGCCCCCCUACUCCCCGUCACCCAACCCCUAUCAGACGGCCAUGUAUCCCAUCAGAAGUGCCUACCCCCAGCAGAACCUGUAUGCCCAGGUGGGUACAUGUGGAAGCCUGGGCCCACCUCUUCUGCAGGGAGCCUACUACACACAGCCAGUGUAUGCGGCGCAGCCCCACGUCAUCCACCACACCACGGUCGUCCAGCCCAACAGCAUUCCUUCUGCCAUCUACCCAGCGCCUGUCGCCGCCCCCAGGACCAACGGUGUGGCCAUGGGCAUGGUGGCUGGCACCACCAUGGCGAUGUCGGCAGGUACCCUGCUGACGGCACCCCAGCACACUGCGAUUGGGGCUCACCCUGUCUCCAUGCCAACAUACAGGGCCCAAGGGACCCCUGCGUACAGCUAUGUGCCCCCGCACUGGUAAAGCCUGCAGCCCAUCCAAAUCCGGAGUCACACAUUGUAUGCAACUACUCAAGUCUUACCCAGGUGCUGGAGCAGCUCCCUAGCAGCACCACCUCUAUUUGCAAGAAGAGACAACGGAAGUGCAAGGGUCACUUUAUGCAUCUUUAACGGUUUUGGUUUUUAGUUUUGGUUUUUGUAAAAGCUGCUUUUUCUAAUCUCCUGCCUCUCCCCACUGCCCCCCUCUUAGGCGCUGCCCUUCCAGCUCCACCCUCCUCCUAGCUGACCAGGCACCUCCUCUCUGCUCUUCUUUCCUUCCCAGGCGUUCAGUCCCCAGGGAGCCCAGACUGGCAGCAGGCAGAGAGUGGGGUCUGUUGCAGUGGUUCAGCUGAAGGCAUGAUUUCCUUUGAAAGAUGUACUAGACGUGGCCCUCAGGUCCACAGUAGGAACUCAGAGCCAUUGAGCAGACCACAUCUCUGGGGGAUUGUUUCUUUUUUGAUUUUUCUCAAGCAGGAUUGGUUUAAGACAUUACUAUGUCCUGACCAAGUGAAAUGUCUUCUGAGAACCAUCGCAACAGACCAAGAACAGAACCACCUGAUUAGGUAGGAGGGUUCAUAGCAGCUUAAUAAUCCCCUAGAUGAGAACCUGGGAAAACCAGAUUCUUUCUUUGGGAGAACUUGGGGGGGGGGGGUGGGAGGGAGGGCAAAUGGGGAGGAAGAGAGAAGAGGAGAGUGAGGCACUUGCCUGCUGGCUUUGGUUUGUACGGUCUCUGGCCACGCUGUCUGAGCCUGGACCCUCUAAUUUGCACAGUGAUGUUUAACUGACCUGGCACUUCCUCCGAAGGUGACUCUGACCUCAGACCUGCCCAGCAGCUGCAGGACAGUGGGAUCCCAGCCUCCCACAGCCUUGGAAGGCCAGGCGCCCUGUGUCAUCCACACCUUGGCCUCUGAGCCCUCUUGGAUCCACUCUGAUGAGGAGCCUGCUCCUGAUCAGAGUGGAAACCUCCGGCAUUUCUCGCCCUUCCCCUCGCCCUUCCCAGUGCCAGGGCUCGCCCCUCUGUCCAUGGCGCUGGCAGACAGGCCAAGCUCUUGGUUACCUUGUGCAUUCACGGCCAGAGUGAAUGAACCACAUUCCCGGUGGGCACGUGCUGGCAGCUCUGAAGGUCAGGACAGAGAAGGAAAGCAAUAGCAAUAAACAUUUCCUAGACUCACGGGACUGAAGGGACCUUAGCAUCAUCUCAUCCAUCCCUUACUCGACAGAUAAGCAAGCUGAGGCCCAGAGAAGAAGAAAGGACUUCCCUAGACUUCGCAGUAAAUUAGCAUUAAAUGCAGCCUUCCUGCCUAGGGGCACUGCUGCCCAGGAAAAUUUACCUGGGGAUGGAGUGGCUUAGUUUUGGAAAAAUGCAGUCCGCAGCGCCCACACCUGGUGAGCUCUGGAACAGUCUCUGGGCUUUUGUUCUGCUUUUUUCCUGCACAGAUUCCAAAAGUGGGGGCUGAAGACUGGGCAGAGGUCACAUGGGGGCAGAAACUGCCAAUGAAGAAAUAGCGUUUGGAAAUUCUGUGAAGACGUCGGGAACUCUCAUGCCAUACCUGACUCCAGCCCUAGGAGAAGGAGCGGGUGGGCUGGCUAAACAGGAGUCUGUGCUUUUCAGACGGUAGCCCCUCAUCCUAAGAGGAGAGGAGGAGGAGACAGGGGCUUUCCUGGGAGAAGAGGCCCCGCUGGUCUCAGCCAAGAGCCCUGUUGUCUAUCACAGCUCCCUGUGCCCAGCACUUGGCUGAGCCAGCAGCCCCUUUGGGAGUGGGAGCGGGAAAGGAACAUUUUACUGUACAAAAGGGGGUCACUGGUAACACUGAGAACUUGGAAAUAACUCUUUUCAUUUUAAAUCCAUGCAUAUUUGGCCACAUCCCUACCCCUUCCUCCCAUGUCUCCCUAAGGGAGGGAAGAAAAUCAGGAAACCCUCGGGCCAGAAGGACCGCAGAGGCUGUCUGGCUGUUCCCAGGAGGGCAAAGCCCAGCAGCAUCCUCGGCCCAGAGCCAGGAGUUGGCAGCCCACCCGCCUGGCCUUCCAGGGAAAUGCAGAACCAGUGAGAAGCCCAGCUGUCCUAAAUGGUCUGUUCUGGGUGCCCAAGAGGCUUCGCCUAAAAACAAUAGCUUUCCAGUGUUAAUUCAUUUUUUUCAAAUACCUCCUCCUCCUCUCUGGUUUAUAAGGGUGGGUGAUGGUUGUUUUAAAUUAUGUCAUAUAUGUUUGGAAAAUGCCAAAAUAAUAAUAAUGACUAUAACAGUAA